AUUUGGAAACAUCUGCAUCAUGGGAGAUUGGGAGGCAAACUCACCCACCUUCCCAGAACAAACUUUCAAACACAAUUUCUUUUUAUUUGGUAACCCAAAGUAUUUAAAUAUAUAUCAACAAAAAUAAAAUUAAAAACCCUGUUUAUUUUAUUUCCAGAUCCCUAGCUUUUCCUUUUUUCCUUCCUUUGGGAAAAUCAAGAUCUUUUCCCCCCAAAUUCAUCACCAUUCACCAGCUGUUUUGUACCUUUCUUUACUCUCUGGUCCAUCCUAUAUAUACCAUCACCAAACCCACCUUCUCUUUCCUUUUUUAUAAAUAACUUCAUUGCGUCAUUUAAUCAAACACCUUUCAAACACUCCAAAAACACCUACCAAAUUUCAAAAAUUCUCCCUUUUUCCCAUAUUUUUACCCUAAAAUCAUCUCAAAAUUAUUUUAUAAACCCAUCAAUGGGUACUUCGAAAUUUCAGCAAAAUCGUCUUAUUGUUCUUCUUUUCUAUUUGAUUCAAAUAUGCUCUGUUUUCGUCCUAUCAAAACAGAGCAAUCACAGCUCGCAUCUCUCUCCUACCGUUAUAUUUGCGCUCAAAGCUCAGAAAAUCCCAUCUGGGUCAAUCAGACGGCCAGCAAGUAAGCUCCCUUUUCAUCACAAUGUUAGUCUUACAGUCUCUCUCCUAGUUGGAAGCCCUCCACAACCUGUUACAAUGGUGUUGGAUACAGGUAGUGAGCUCUCUUGGCUCCACUGUAAAAAGAACCCUGGUGUAAAUUCCUUAUUUGACCCUCUUCACUCUACUUCUUACUCUCGGAUCCCAUGUACUUCACCCACUUGUCAGGCCCGAACCCGGGAUUUUAGUAUACCCGCUUCGUGUGACCCGAACAGAUUGUGUCACGUGUCUGUCUCCUACGCGGACUUCUCUUCUAUGGAGGGAACGCUUGCUAUGGAUAACUUUAAAAUGGGCGGGUCGUCUAUGCCCGGUAUCUUUUUCGGGUGUAUGGAUCAAGGUUUUAGUAGUACAGAUGCGGACUCGAUGACCACAGGGCUAUUGGGUAUGAACCGUGGGUCAUUAUCAUUUGUGUCUCAAAUGGGUUACCCAAAGUUCUCAUAUUGUAUUUCGGGUCAGGAUGCUUCGGGUGUGUUGUUAUUUGGAGAGGCUAAUUUCUCUUGGCUUAAGCCAAGAAGUUACACUCCCAUGGUAAAAGUUACUAGCCGUUUACCGUAUUAUGACCGUGUAGCAUACUCUGUACAAUUUGAAGGGAUUAAAGUCGGGGGUAAAUUACUUUCUUUACCCAAAUCAAUCCUUCAACCCGACCACACCGGGGCGGGUCAAACCAUGGUUGACUCAGGCACUCAAUUUACAUUCUUACUUGGGCCGGUCUACACCGCAUUGAAAAAUGAAUUCUUGGCCCAAACAAGGAGUACGUUAAGGGUAUUAGGAGACCCGAAUUACGUAUUUGAAGGCGCAAUGGAUCUAUGUUAUCGGGUGCCCUUAGCUGAAAAGGCUUACCCGAAUUUACCUAUUGUGACACUAAUGUUUCAAGGGGCCGAAAUGAGUGUAUCUGCAGAACGAUUACUAUAUCGGGUUCCGGGAGAAGUUAGAGGAUCCGAUGGUGUGCAUUGUUUUACGUUUGGAAAUUCUGAUCUACUUGGGGUAGAGGCUUAUAUAAUAGGGCAUCAUCAUCAACAAAAUAUGUGGAUGGAGUUUGAUUUGGUACAAUCUAGGGUAGGGUUGGCGGAGGUUAGGUGUGAUUUGGCCAGUCAGAGACUAGGAUUGGGCCUCUAGAAAUACUACAUUUUUCUUUUUAAAGAGAAUAUAUUUGUAAAUGUGAAAAUUACAUGUUUGGCAAAGAUAUGGUGUGGGACUGUGGGGGUAGGAGCUUGGUUGAGACUUGAGAGUUUGACCAAACAUGGCUUCAUAAAUAUCUUGUUAGAUUGGUAAGUACAUACAACUCUCUAGCUUUGUUUGGCAUUUGCCAACUAUACAUGUGCUAUAUUAAUGUACAUUUCAAGUAUUUACUUGUAUAUACGUACAUAAGUAAGAGAUUUUGCUAGUUA